UGACAAGGGGGGUGGAGGUUGCCUUCGGGGUGUCGAAGCGGGUCCCGUGAAUCGGGGAUGGCGCUGCGUACAGUGCGAGCGACAUAGCGGCCAAAGUUUGCAGCGCGCGCGCGGGCAGGAAAGUUCGCCGGAGAGGCGGCGCGUGCUCCCGAGUGCUUCUGUCACGAACACCGGCGGAUCCCGGCGCAAACAUGCGGACGAGACAGCGCAAGUGACGACGUCCGAGCUGCUUUGCGGCUGUUUUGAGUGGAUUUCUCCGCGCUGGAGCCGGUUUGCUGCCGUCGCCGCACGCCGCCGUUUCAAUGGACUAUCGCCUAUGAGUCAGAGUAAGUUGGACCAAAAUUGACUGCAUGAAUUCCUGCGCUGACCCCGAGGUUGGACCGGGAGCGCGACUUAACUGUUGACGCUAUGUAGGAUAGUUUCGGGGUGUUUGGAAACAAUGCACUCCCCCCGUGACAAGGAACUGGCACCCUUAUCUCGGAAACACCGUCUCAUGGCCGCAGCUCUGCCCGGCGAGGACGGCCCAUUGCCCGGUCCCGCUUCCAGGGCUGACCGCAAUGGACUGGGGGCUCCGGUUCAUUGUUUCAUAUGCGGCAGCGGCGUCACACCCGGGAAGGAAAUAAGAUUACAAGUGACAUAUCAGAAAGAGAGGCUGCCGUUCUUCCCCUUCCUGCAGAACCAGGAGCCGGCCCCGGGUGCGUGUGAAGUGAGCCCGGACGGACACGCGCUCGUGUGCGCCGUGUGCCACUGCUUUCUGACGGAGCAGUGGAACUCGUUCGAGCGGAGCAGGACGCCCACCGAGAAGCGCAUGUACUGGUUGAAGCGGCCCUACCAGUGCGACUCCCGGCGGGUCCCGCAGGAGUGGAACGUGUCCUACGACCUGGAGCGCAGGAUCAGUGUCAACAGCCAGAACUACGACGGGGGCGCCGACUCGGAUUUCUCGUCGUUUUCCGAGAACGAGAACAUGUCGGACCCGGAGAUGGAUGUGGUCGACAGAGUCAGCGUGGCCAGAGACAGAUGCGCGCGAGCGCCGGGCAAGUCGCCAAGAGACGGUGGCAGGAAAAACAAUGCAAUCAGUGUUAAAAGCAGCCCGGACUCACAGCGGGCGGUCCGCUACCCGGCGGGUGUUUACGGGGCGCAGGCGUCGCCAAAAGUGGAGAGCGUCCUGGCAGCGAGACGCGCGGCUAAAAUGAUGAACAACGCGUGUCAGUCGUCAGAGUCUCUCGCCAAGUCCCAGGAGAGAUUCCCCCCGCGGUGCUACGACGCUCCUGCGUCCGACGCACCUGUGCAGGACAAUGGGGUCAUUAUGCGCAACAGGCGGUGGCAGGACGAGGGGAAUGCGAGACACGCGGAGGCGCGUCUCACGCAGCGCGUCGCUGACGGAGCGCCGCUGCCGCUGCCGCUGCCGCGCCGUGGACGCGGCGAGGACCCCCUCGACGCGCCGCUGUCGUCCGCUGCCACUAAACGCAACGUGGCCCGUCCCGGGGAGGGCAUUUCUGACACCUCGGAUGAGGACGAGAUUAACAUCACGAGUGAUGACGACAAGGGCGCGAGGAAGAGCGCGCGGCCGCACCACGUGGACUCCAGUCCGGCGGAGUGCGUGUGCUACAUCUGCGGCACCGGGCUCCGACACGAUGCUCAUUUCAAAGUCAGCGUGCAGAAACAGGAGCGGGCGCAGGGCGAGCCCUUCUUCCCCUUCCUGUGGCUGCACUCGCCCCCCCGCGGUGCGGUGCCCAUCAGCCUGGAGGGCAGCACCCUGGUGUGUGGCAGCUGCCACGCCUCCCUCAUGCAGCAGUGGCAGAGCUUCCAGCUGGCGGACGUGCCCGUGCUGCAGCGCCUCUACGUGGUCCCCAUCAACCAGAACCGGGCGCCCGGCGCCGCCCGCCCGGCCCGGCCCGGGAGGACGCCGGAGCCCAGGGCGUCGCCGAACGUGUGCUUCCUGUGCGGCCAGGAGCGCGGAGGGGACAUGCGAGUGGCGUACGCUCAGGCGGGGGCGGGCAAGUCCCGCGGCGUGAUGUACUUCCCCUUCAUCAACAUGCUGCCGUGUCCGCCCAACGCUCAGGCGGCGAGGAACGGCCGCGUGCGCUGCUGCGCGCCGUGCCACUCCAUCCUGGAGGGCAUCUGGGACGCGUACCGCCUCAGCCUCAGCGAGGACCUCAUCGCCUCCGUCGGCUCCUUCCUGGCCCGGUACCACGCCGCCGCCGCCGCCGCCGCCGCCGCCGCCGCCGCCGCCGGGGCCGGCGAGGCCCGCGGAGCCGCCCGCGCGCAGCCCGGCGCCGCCCGCUCCACCGCCGCGUGCUACCUGUGCGGCGCCGAGCUGCGCGCGGGCGGCGAGUUCCAGCUGCACGUCAACCCGCCCGGACGCUGCGGCGAGAGGGAGCCGUUCUUCCCGUUUCUCACCGUCCACCCCCCGGCGCCGCGGGCCAAGCCGGUCGACGCCACCGGCCUGGUGUCGGCCUGCACGCUCUGCUACCACGACCUGCACGCCCAGUGGGCCCGGCACGAGCGCCGCGGCCUCAGUCCCUCCGCCCCGUCCACCUCCAGCGCACCGAGCUCCGCCUCCCAGCCGCCCAGCUCGCCCUGGGCCCGGCAGUACAGCUGCGAGGCCUUCGUGUGCUUCUUCUGCAGGCAGGAGCAGCGCCGGCACGGCCGGCUGCGCGCCGUCACCGUGGCCCGGCUGCCCGUGUUCCUGUACGCGCCCCGCAGCGCGCGCACGCUCCUGGUGGACGACGGGAGGACGCUGGUGAUCGGCUCGUGUGUGGAAUGUAAGUCCAUGGUGCAGGUGGGACAGAGCAUGCAGCAGGACGGGGAUAAGCCGGGACCGGGGACCUCGGACGGGGAGCGCAAAGAGCCAGAAUCAGCCUCGCCCCCGUCCAGACAUAAGUCUUGUGCUGUGAGCAUCGCUGCUGCUACAACCAGUCAGGAGGCAGACUCGGGCUCUGGGCCCCCCCAGCCUGCAGGCGACCACCCCCCCCCCUGCCUCGCGGCCCCUGAGCCGGACAGGGCCGACCGAGCCGGAUGCCCGCUGCCCGGCAUGAGCCAUGAGCCAAAGUCACCAUCGUUAGGAAUGAUCUCGACGGCGACCCGUACCACGGCGACAGUCAGCCCCCUCACCCCGUCGCCCCUCAACGGCUCCAUCGUAGCCAAUGGAAGCCCGGCUAACCAGUCUGGAUUCGCUGCAGCCCUCCGUAAACUGGCAAAACAAGCAGAAGAACCUCGAGCUGCAUCCUCCAUCAGUAGUGAGUCGUCUCCAGUGUCCUCGCCGGCCACCAACCACAGCUCCCCCGUUAGCACACCCAAGAGAGGUCCCCUUGGUCCGGGGCCCGUCCUGGUCCCCCCGGCGGGCCACAGCGUGCCAAACACUCCGCCUGUCGUCACCAUUGCUCCAACAAAGACUAGCAACGGCCUGUGGAGGAACGAGGGGCGCCAGGCUGACUCUGGGCCUCGUGGGGCCAGCAGGGAACGUCUGAGUGCAGAGGGCACCCUCUCCCAGGAAAAAGGGGGUCCCUCGGUCCCUGCCCACCUCCUGGGAAACCCCUAUGCCUUUGGUCUCACCCCUGGUGCUGUCAUGCAGGAUUCACGUUUCCAGCCUCUCAAUUUGCCCAGACAGCUGCCUAAUGCAGGUCCUGUACCGGAGGAGUACCUCCGUGGCUUCCGGCCCUAUGCCACAACUGAAGAUGCCCUCCGCAUGCCCUCGUUGCCCUUGGGCCUGGAUCCUGCCACUGCAGCUGCUGCAGCUGCUUACUACCAUCCCAGCUACCUGCCCCACCCUUCCUUCACACCGUACAGGAUGGAUGACCCGUUCUGCCUCUCUGCUUUGAGGUCACCUUUCUAUCCGCUGCCAGCAGGAGGAGCCCUACCCCCCAUUCAUCCCUCUGUUCAUAUGCACCUACCAGGGGUCCGCUACCCUGCAGACUUCACACACCCUUCACUAUCAGCACUGCAGUCUGAGAGGCUUCAGCUGGAGGAUGAGAUGCGGCAGAGGGAGCGAGAACGGGAGCGUGAGCGCGAGCGCGAAAAGGAGCGGGAGCGCGAGGCGGAGCGGGAGAAGGAGCGGGAACGGGAGCGCGAGAGGGAGCGCGAGAAGGAGCUGGAGAGGGAGCGCGAGCGCGAGAGGGAGAGGGAGAGAGAGAGGGAGCGGGAGAAGGAGCGGGAAAGGGAGAAGGAGCUGGAGAGGCAGAAGGAGCGAGCGCUGAGGGAGAAGGAGCUGCAGGCAUCCAAGGCCCUGGAAAGCCACUAUCUGGCUGAGCUCCAUGCCAUGCGGGGGCAGGAGGACCGAACCAAGCCUGAGAGACUCACUCCUAAUCGGGCUGAUAAAACCAAAGAGCCUGCUCUUCCUGCUCCCAAACCGGUUCCACCAGGACUUCACUCCGCCAUCGUCCAGUCGCGCCACCCCAUCCCUGGCCUGUACAUGGGCCCCAGCCCCGUGGGGACCGGGCUGCCGGCCUCACUAGUGGCUCAGAGGAACAACGAGGAGGAGAGGUGGUUGGAGAGGCAACGCAAGCUGCGGCAGGAGAAGGAAGACCGUCAGUACCAGGUGUCCGAGUUCCGGCAGCAGGUCCUUGAACAGCACCUGGACCUGAGCCGGCCGGCGGACGCGGCGGAUCAUAGGACGGACUCGCACAGAUCCAUACCAAAUCACCAUGAACCAGCGAGCCGAGAUCUCCACCCACACUUAGGAGCCCCCCCACCCCUCAUCUCACCCAAACCUCCGCUGCCACCACGUGACCACCACCCUCCACCUCCGACCACCCUGUGGAACCCAGUAUCUCUUAUAGAAACCACGUCAGACUCCAGACGAAACCAUGAGCCCUCAGGGAUGGGACACUAUGAGCUCAGCCGCCUGCCCCCAGGGCCCUCCAAAUAUGAGGAUGGCGCCCGGAGGAGAGAUGUGGUACCAAUGGAGAAGUACCCCCCACUGAGAGGUCCUCCGGGCCUGCCGGAGUCGAGCACAUUCCUCGCUGAUCUGGAGAAGUCCACCCAGACGUUUUUCAGCCAGCAGAGGGCGACGCUGUCUCUGUCCAGUCAGUACGAACUGGAGGGAGCCGUGAAAAACAACACUGCACUAAAGAACAUCCAGGCACAUCCGGGACACAGCAGACACGGACAAGGGCUGGGAAUGGUUACGGGGCCGGGGAUCGGACAGUUAGCCACACUGGCAGCGGGUCCGGAACCAACGCUCAUCUAUGAUGAAUUCCUUCAGCAGCACCGAAGGCCAGUCAGCAAGCUGGACCUGGAGGAGAAGAGGAGGAAGGAGGCCCGGGAGAAAGGUUACUACUAUGAUCUGGAUGAUUCAUAUGAUGAGAGUGAUGAAGAGGAGGUGAGAGCCCAUCUCAGGAGAGUAGCAGAGCAGCCCCCACUUAAACUGGAGGACUCCACAGAGAAGUUAGAUUUUCUGGGGGUGUUUGGCCUGACGACGGUGGGCCGGCGGGAUGAGCUGGUACAGCAGAAGAGAAGGAAGAGACGACGGAUGCUCAGGGAGCGCAGCCCCUCCCCGCCCGCUUCUCAGUCCAAACGCACCCCUCCUCCUCCUCCCCCCCAGCUCCUCACGAGAUUCACCCCGGAGGAGAUGGACCGAGCGCCAGAGCUGGAAGAUAAGAAGCGCUUCCUCACCAUGUUCAGGCUGUCUCACGUCACCAUACAGCAGAGGAGAGAUAAUGAAAAGGUGGUGGAGCUGCUCCAGGCCAUCAAAGAAAAGAGCAUAACCUUGGAUACCAUCAGACACGCCCCUCAUCCGCUGUGCAAGAGCCCUCCAGUGCAGAACUCUGAUGCAGCAUUUUCUCAGCCUCCCUCUGAAUCAGAGGAACACCACAGUGUCAGGCCUCAUAGCCCCUCCUCACACUGCCCAGCAUCCCCCAAUGGCCAUCCAAAACCCCUCGGGGACACAUUAAGACCAAAGGAACCCCCCUGUCCAGCUGUCUACCCAGACAAGGCCCGGGGGCCCAGUGAGGGACCCGGCUCUAAGAGGAGCUCCAGCCUGCUGAACAGCUUGCGGCCCCCACUCCCCCUGCAAGCUAAAGAGGGCCUUCACAGCAUCAAUGGACGCACCAAACCCUGGGACAGCUUCACCCCAGAGGAAUUUGCUCAGCAGUUCCAUGAAUCUGUGCUUCAGUCCACUCAGAAAGCUCUGCAAAAACACAAAGGUGGAGCCACGGGGAUGUCAGAGUCAUCUCACCUCCAGGAGUCGUCUGUUCACUACAACAUUCCAGAGCUUCAGAGCGCCCCUGGCCGACCCCCGCAGCCACAUUCACAGUCUCACUCGAACGCACAUUCGUUUCCCCAUGCCCACUCACAUCCUCACCCCCAGCCCAACGGGCAGCACUUCUCUCUACCCCAACACCGGGAGGCCUCAGGGUUGCGGGAGGACCUGUCUGGUCCAGACGAAUCUGAAGAGGAAGAGGAGGAGGAGGAAGAAGAGGAGGCUCCUGCCUCCAAAUGGCAGGGAAUUGAAUCUAUAUUUGAAGCUUAUCAGGAAUAUGUUGAAGAGCAAAGUUUGGAGCGGCAAGUGUUACAGAGCCAGUGUCGAAGACUAGAAGCUCAGAACUAUAACCUCAGUCUGACUGCUGAGCAGCUAUCUCACACCAUGGGGGAGCUGAUGUCCCAGAGACAGAAGCUGGCAGUGGAACGGGAGAAGAUCCAGGCAGAGCUGGAGCACUUCAGGAAGUGUCUGACGCUGCCGCCGACGCACUGGCCGAGAGGCGGCCAUUACAAGGGCUACCCUCCCAGGUGACCCUAAUGACCUCACCCGACGGCCCCUGGCCACCUCCCCUUCGAGACAGAAACCCAGAAAUUAUUUUUCACGGCCUGUUCCACAUGGCUCCUGGGAGGAGAAUAUGGCUGGCUACAUGAGAUAACUUAAUGAACGCACAGAAGGCAGGACCAUUCAGUGAAGGACAGGCAGUCUUUGGAUUGUGGCCAGCCAGAGACUGUGCCGUAAGCCACUAACGCGUGCCAACGUAGCCAAGCGUGACAUCAGUGAACGCACGGAGCAGGAGCACCUGAAGAUCCACUCACGCGUUCGCCCGCUCCUCACGCAGUCCCCGCGUCCCUCACCGCCACAGCUCCACAGACAAUCCUGCCAAUGAGGGAGCAGCUGCCCCGCGUGGGGCGUCCACGAGAGACUUCAAUCCUCCCCAUCUCCAAACAGCAGCUUCGGGCCAAUCGGGACUGAUCUGAUCACAGGGGCCACGCGAGCGUUGACCUGGAAAUGCACUUACGAGUAAAAGCUGAAGAACUACCUGGUGGUACUGUGUUACAACAAAGAACUGCUGAGUUUAGGGAAGAACUUAGAAAAUGCACAUUUUUUGGAAAGAAUUAAGGAAAUGUUUAAUUUCGAAAUAGAAAAUUUGAGAAAUAAAAUUUUAAAAGGUGCUUCAGCCUUGUAUUGUAUAUAAUAUGAAGACUUAAAGAAUUUUGUAUGUUUUUAUUACUUUAAUCAUUGUUCUUUUAAAAGAGAAGCCUGCCAUUUUUAUAUGUUUAUGCUUUUUUGGGUUGGAAAAGAAAGCCUUGCUUUUAGUGUUUGUACUGCUGCUGGCCAGAACAGCUCCUUUUGAGACAUGAAACCCGAGCGGGAGCAGACCGCUCCACCGCCCUGCUCUCUGCCGGCACCUCGCAGCUAAGCCCCCAUCGCAGCCACGUCAUCCGGCGUCUGAGCUCAGAGGUCCCGGGACACGGCUCUUGUCCUCUCACCUCAUUCGUUCACAGCGACACGUCUUUAAAGCCCGUUUCAACAGCUGUACAGCUGCUGGUCUGACUAGAAGAAAGCUUGUGAUAUUCAUGCAGGAAAUGAUUGAGAUCCACAGUGACUUUUCUUUUUUCUUUUUAAGUUUGCUAACUUGACUUGAUUACUUUGAAGACAUGAAGAGUCUCUUAAGCAGUCGGUGAAUCAAACGGAUCCUACAAUUAGACCUUACAGUUGUUUAACACGCCUUAUAAGAUGAAGGCCUCGUCCGCCUCCGUGAGAGGAACGCCGUGCCAAAGUGUUGGAGUCAGACUACACUGCGUUUCAGAUGUGUAGCCAAACCAGAACGGCCAUUGUCCACGUCCUUCCUGUGUUUGCUCGGUUUAAAGCUCCCCCUCCAUCAUGCCAAUGUUUUAUAAUAGAAAGCCGAUACGUUGAUUCAAACUGGGCAUUUCCUAGUUCAAAUAAAACCAGAACUUCACCUGGUCUCAUGUUUGUUUACUGCCCGUCUGCGACUGUCCACACUGAAACUCUUUCCCCAGUAGGGUUUUAAAUGCAGCUCCAGACUCCAAAGACAGUUUACAACGCGUAGGUUGGCAUUUCAACAAUGUAGGGUUAUGAUAACAAUUACAUUUUACAAUGAAUCAAUUUAGUGAUUUAACCAAAUAUUCAGAAAUUCAAUUGUGGACUGAAGCACAACUGCCCCUUGCAUACAGUACAAGUGCCUCAAGGAUUUGGGAGCAUAUGAAUGAGUUGUAGUCCACAUGAUGGAUAUUCUACACAGUACAGGGCGAUCAGGGACUUUACAUCCAAGUGUCAACCGUGCAUCCUACACCUUACGAAUCAAAAGAGUCCAUCUCCUCGUAUCAGUUAACAUCAGCCUAGGUUAGUUCAGAGAAUCCUUUACAGAGAAGAGAGCCACGAGCCUCAGUUCACGAGGGAGCUGAGCCAAGAAGCUGGGGAGGAAGGUUCAGUUCAGUUGAGCCCACUUAGUCAGCCUCCUGGUGUCCAACCCACGCACGCCCAUGCAAUAGCCCCAUUACUCAGUGGAGGAUGUCUAGAUGCUGUGAAAUCCUGUUUUUAAAAAUGUACUUGUUUGAAUUCAUUGUAAUGUAAUAUAUUCUUUGUUGAAUGUAGUAAUUAGGUAUUUAUGAAUAUAUGGCUGUGAUUUCCAGACAAAAAAUAAAAUUUCAAAAAUGUUAUAUCAA